GUAAGGAAUAAGAGCAUGGUACUAUUGAUUGUCACCUAAGUUUGCACAAUUUUUAUAUGGUUGCCACCACACACCAGUGCCAAGCCCCACACAUCUAUCAAUUACAACCAUCCUCGACCAUACAAAACCUUUCAUCUUCCAUCAUCAUUUCUUAAUAUUCUUCUUACACUAAUUAUCAUUAUUAUUUAUAUAUAUAUAUAUAUUAAAAUUAUUAAGAUAAGGAGACUCAACUUAGACGUGCUCACUUCUUAUGAGUUUCCUAGGCAUUUCAUUGCACCUGAAGCCAUACAAUCACUCAUUUCCUCCGACCGACACGUUACCCUUUUGCUUAUAAGCAACCUUAGUCUCGUCCUCGUCAACUUCAAUUCAGACUGCUUUCUCUUUUCGACGACCGUGUUUCAAGGGCUAGAAAAAUACCCGAAGAAGAAGAAGAAAAAUCAAACACACUUAUUCCUUGAUCCUCAUCUUCAUUCGGGUUACUCGCAAUCCAUUCGUUGUUUCGGGUUUUGAGAGGGUUUGAGGAGAUGGGAUUGAGUACUAAGCAGGUCAACAGUGACGGGCUGGAUUGGAGUCAGACCAGCUUGCUGCAAGCUCAGACGUUUCAGCUGCCAAAACCACCAAACGCCGUGAGGAGGCAGCAUCAACAAAAUCAGCAGCAGCAAGCUGAGCCAUUGAAGUGUCCGAGAUGUGAAUCAACGAACACAAAGUUUUGUUACUACAACAACUACAACAAGUCACAGCCAAGGCACUUCUGCAGAGCUUGCAAGAGGCACUGGACAAAAGGCGGGACUCUUCGAAACGUCCCGGUUGGUGGCAUCCGUAAAAACAAGCGCCUCAAAAAGUCCUCAAACACUUCUCCCUCAGAAGCAGCUGCCACAACCGUUGCAAACACUGCGGCGAUUGAUGAUCACCAUAAGCGGGAAACUGCUGCGCAAGCUCUCUAUCACGCACUUAUCGGUCCCCAAUCUUCGCUUCCGCAACAGAAUUUGGACAACACAAUCAUAUUUUCGUCAGCAGGUUUAAGUAGUACUACUACUUUGCCUUUUCUUCAUCGAAGUAGAAAUCUAAUAACCUUUGAUCCCUUCUCAAGCUCAAUUAGUACUACUACUUCAAGUUCCUUUGACACAAACCUCUCUUCAAUCUCAACAUCUUUGCAAUCCUCAAACGUUUAUAACUACGCUGCCGCUGAAGAUCAGUUCAAAGCCACCGUAGAGGAGCCAACCAUCACAAGCAUCAUGCCAAAUAUUCUUCCCCAGCAGCCUAACUGGAAAACCCCCUCCCCAAGCAACGCCGUGGAUGUGUACUCGAACGACUGGAAUUGGGAAGACAUCGAAACCCUCGUUUCUACUGAUCUCAACCUGCUUCAUUGGGAUGAUUCUUCUGAUCACAUACAACUGUAAAAUAAUGAAUUAGCCAUCUUCAUUAGCGGUAUGUUAAUUUUGAAUUGCGUGUGUGUGAGACAUUUACGACUCAGAAACAGUAUCCCCGUUCUCUAAUGUGUCACUGUCAAGUUUGUCACAGUUUUUCUACUUGUGCCGAUCUUCAGGUAAUAUAAUUUCUCGUAGUUUGCUCUCUCAACUUGUAAUUUCCAAACAGAGAUGUAGACAGUUUGAAGCUGUCUUUGUCCUUCGGUUUCAGCUUCGAGAUAUUUAAUUUUUGAAAUAUAUAUAUUUAUUAAUUUGUAAGUUUGUCA